CGUCAACACAACUCCGUUCCAUCUUCCGCAGACACUCUUGGGGUUCCAAAAAAUCCAUUAUGCCUUUCUUUGGCAACUCCGACGGUUCCGACGAACACACCUCCCUCCUUGGUAACGGCAAUGGCAAUGGCAAUGGCAAUGGAAAUGGAAAUGGAGAUGUCAACGGACACGGCCGCGGAUACAAAGUCGCCAGUCACCUCUCCCACUGGCCCUCGCGAGUCCUGCAUCUAACAUGGGUGACCCUCGUGCGCGACUAUGUCAACCUGCUCCUCGUCUUUGUACCACUGGGUAUUAUCGCUGGUGUGUUGAAAUGGGAUGCUACGGCUGUGUUUACGCUGAACUUCUUCGCGAUUAUCCCCCUGGCGUCGCUGUUGAGUUUUGCGACGGAGGAAUUGUCCGCGACGAUGGGGCAGGCGCUAGGUGGUUUGAUGAAUGCGACGUUUGGAAAUGCCGUUGAGCUUAUUGUUAGUAUUAUCGCUUUGACGCGCGGUCAGACAAGGGUUGUUCAGGCUAGUAUGCUUGGAAGUAUUCUGUCGAACAUUCUGUUGGUUUUGGGUUGCUGUUUCUUUGCUGGUGGUCUGCGGUAUCAUGAGCAGACCUUUAACAGCACUGUGGCUUCCACUAUGUCGUCGUUGAUGACUGUUGCCUCUGCGUCGCUUAUUAUCCCGGCUACUCUCUAUUCGUCGUUGUCGAACCACCCUGGACGUACGGAAAAUAUCUUGGUCGUCUCUCACGGAACCGCUAUUAUCCUUUUGAUCCUCUACGUCAUGUACCUCUACUUCCAGCUGUGUUCGCAUUCCUACCUCUUUGAAGAAGUCAACAAAGAAGUCACCGCCGACAUGGAGGGCCAGGAAGACGGAGAGAAUGAGGAGCGUGAGCCUCAGGAAGAACGCGUUCUGGGUCCUUUGGCCGCCACUGUUGCGUUGGUGCUUGUCACCAUCCUGGUCGCCGUCUGCGCUGAUUACUUGGUCGACAGCAUCGACGACAUCGUCGAAAAGACCGGCAUGACCCCGACUUUCAUCGGUCUGGUCCUCAUCCCCAUUGUUGGCAACGCUGCGGAACAUGUCACGGCCGUCGUCGUCGCCUGGAAGGACAAGAUGGACCUGGCUAUUGGUGUCGCCAUCGGAAGCAGCUUGCAGAUUGCCCUCUUCGUCACUCCCUUCCUGGUCAUUGUUGGCUGGAUCAUCGGCGUGCCUAUGACGCUGCACUUCCAGACUUUCGAGACUGUUGCUUUCUUCAUCUCUGGUUUGGUCGUCACCUUCUUGAUCCAGGACGGCAAGUCGAACUAUCUCGAGGGUGGACUGUGCUUGGGAAUGUAUGUGAUUCUUGCGCUUGCAUUCUACGUCUACCCAGACAGUGAGGCGGUUGGAGAUGCUCUCGUGAACGCGUCAUAAAAUUUUCGUCUUUGAUGACCGUAUAUAUCUACCUUCAUUUUUCUCUUUUUCCUUUCAUGAUUUUUGGCUUCUUGGCUAUUUUGAGAGGAUAAUUCCUUUUAUGUCUGUUCGUUCGGGUUUGGAUUUCUUUUGUCGCGAGUCGACUCUCGCUACAGCGCUUUAGUCGCUGGCGAUUCCUUUCUUUAAUAAUGUGUUAGUAUGUGCAUGUGCAUUGGCUUUGGAGGAUUUCUGGUUUUCUGUUCACGGGUAUAGGGUAGGGCAAGUAGCCUCAUCAAAAUACAUUCUCUUCACCUGAGUCAUCA